ACAAGAGGUCACUCGGGGAAGCGUGGAGGAGAGAGAGAGGAGUCGUCGGCUGCGCUCUGCAUCCCGGGCCUUGGUGCGCACUUACACACACACACACACACACACACACACACGAUACAAUCACUGAGGGGCUUCUCUGCUCCGCGACGAUGCCGCUGAAGAACGGCAACGGCGUGGGUCUGGAGAGGCGCAUGGACCUGGCGUCGCUCUUCUGCAUGAUCGGCCGCCACGGUCCCGCCGUGGCGCUGGCCGUCGUCGCGGUGAUGUCCGUGCUGGCGGGCCUCAUCAUCUACCGGAGCGUGCGGGGCAAGCGGAGGAGGAAGGCCACGGACGACGCGGCCGCCGCCGCCGCCGCCGCCGCCGGGGACAGCGAGAGCCCCGGAGAGGAGAGAGACGCAGACGCGUGCGUGGCGAGCCGGCCGGGAGCGGAGCGGCCGAGCGCGGGGGGAUUGCGCAGCUCCCCCGCGGAGUCAACAGAUGUGAGUUAUGGAGGUGCGUCAGAUGUCCGGGACGAUGACGAUCUAUUUCGACGCAAUGUAAAAAUCCGGCAUCGCCGCGCUGCUGCUGAGAAGAAACCUCCUCGUCAUUCUUCUCCUCCUAAGAGCGACGUCCAAAUGCCGGACAGCGAGCGCAUCGCUUCGGACGGCAAAGGCGCUGCGGCAGUUGUGCAGGACUCUUACAAGGGAUCUGAGAGAGACGACGCUGACGGGGAUUCGAUGGAUACAGAGGUGCGCGGUAACGACGGCUGCUCGAAGGAGCCUGGGUUCAUCGACGACGAGGGCUACGAGGACGAGGACGAGGCAUUUAAAGCUGACGACCAGGAAGAUGUGGCCACAGACGAGGAUGUUUCAGAUCAGCAGACCGGACAAGAAGAGGAACAUUUUCCGCGUGCUUCAAACAAUCGAGUGUGCUUCGACCAGACCCCUCGUAUGAGUGACAAUGUCGUUGGUGACGGACGACAGGAUAACGACGCCACACCAGGGACAAACAAAAUGGAGUCCGCCGCGGAAGAGCCUGUCAACCAUAUCGAAAGUGUACCCGUCAGUUGUGUCCGUUAUGCCGAAGAUGAGGACUUUGAGGAAGAGAGUUCCCGUCUGGAUUGUAUUGACGACAGAGAUCGUUUUAGCGAUCACUUCUCUCCAGAAGAAGAGAUGAAGAACGAGGGUAAGGGUGCCGAAGAGGAGUGUGUAGUCCAACAGCUGGUUCCGCAACGCGAUGAGACCCGUCCUUCGAAUUCUGAACAAGAACCAAACUUGGACCAGUGUGAUUACGUGACAGACCGGGCGACGCCACCGAUUCGGGGUAGCGCUUUGGAUGACAACGGCGGUCUAGCCGAAGAACGUAUAGAUGAGGACCGUGCUCUUAAGGCCGAUGAAGUUGACAGCCGCCCACCACAGUGUGACGAGCAACAACUCCAGAUGGAACAAGCCGACGUGAAUGGUCUGGCGCGCGAUCGAGAGGACGCUGUGCUCCCCGCCGUGGCCGAUCGAGAGAAAGUGCCCACUCGCGAUGGCUACGUCGCCUGUGGUGACCGACGCGACGUUUCCAGCGCGGUGCUCAGCCCGACUCUCGAGUCGGUCGAGAAUCACGAGGGCGAUCUGUCCGGUAUCCACGCCGAUACGACGGCCCACAUCUCAGACAUUGUGGAUUUCCCCGACUUGUCGUUGGAUUGUCGACGACCACAAGGUGAACAGAGGGUAGAAGAAUUUGAUGGAGACACCGAUCUUGCUGACCUGCCGUCUGUCAGGAGAGAACAUCAGUACGAAAGGAGUGAAGUUGACGCAACUGCUGCGUUGGCUGAAGAAAGCGUUGACCCUCAUUUGCCGCCUCGCUGCGAAGACCAACAAGUGGUUAAUCGCGAAGCUGUUGACGAAACCAGCGUCGCCGCUGCUCCACGUGAGGCUGAGGACGUUAACCCCCCCAUGAUGGCUGAAAAAAGAACUCAUCCCCAUGGGUUGUCUUGGGCCAAAGACCAACAGAGGAUGCAAACAACAGAUAACGAAGCCUCGGACGAAUGUAUUAAUGGUGCCGGUCCUGAUACGACUGAAACUAUGAGUGCUUCUGCAAUAAGUGAAGAAGAGUCUUGUCCUCACUUACCAUCCAUCCGCCAAGACCAAAAUAAGUGCAAUGCCACGCCUGUAACGCCUGAGGAAAUAUCUCACCCUUUCUCCCAAGACCCACAAAGUGACCAAAUGCAGAACAAUGGAGAUUUUUCCGAAUUCCCCGUCGGCGGUUCUCCUUCCGUCGCUCAGUACCUCAACCCUCCCGCGUGGCCAAUUCACUUGCCGUCUUUCGAGCGAAGCGAGCCGAGGGAUAACGUCGGGGACACCGCGCCGUCUCCUGGUGUCGGGAGAGAGAGCGGGAUUUCGAGCAUGGCCGUCAGUCCUGAUUUGCCACGCGCUGGCAGCGAGUUUGGCGAGAACGUCGCAGACGCGAUGCAGGAUUGGGAUCCUCACUGGGAAGAAAGGGCCGAGGCUCAAAAUGGCCUCUUUGCCGAUGAUGUGGCCGCACCUGUCAUUCAUGAAAACACAGCAGGUUGGCUGUUUGGGCCUUACCCACCGCGUCCGUGCCAGCAACCCCACGGCGAGCACACAGGCGGCGCCAAGUGUGACUCGUUCGCAGCCAACGAGGACGCGUUUGGCCACGAGAUCGAGGACGGCUACCACAGAGCCCUGGAGCGGCUUAUGGCGCAGAUCUCAGCGAAUGCGACGGGCUCAACCGACGAGCCGAACGACCGCGCGGACGUGACGGCUGCUGUUGAGGUCGUGGAGGUCGCGGGGGUGAGAAUCGCAAAGAAAACGGCAACGGAAGCAGGGAAGGAGAAAGAGGAGGACUACGAAAGGACUGAAAUCAGCAUCAUGGAAGCGACCAUGGACAAUAACGAAUGGAUCACGGAUAACUACCAAGUCCUUCCCUGGAUGAACCUCUCUGUCCCAUCUGUGUCCCAAGACCUCGCGCAAACCGACCAGCUUCCCACCGGAGGUUGCCAGCACAGCUCCGCUCUCGCAGAUGCAGAUGCCGCACCUCCCACCGAAGUCGAGCAAACGGGCGCUCUCCCCGUCGUCGAGGGAAACGCCGAGAACAACAACAAGAAGGUCGUGGCCGUCCAGCCCAUGCCCCAGAGCGUCAACGUGACCUUCCGCAUCCACUAUCUCACCCGCUCGCCGUACCAGACGGUGGCCGUCACGGGAAACCAGCGGGAGCUGGGCAACUGGAGGGAUUUCGUCCCGCUGGAGAGGGCCAAGGACGGGCACUGGGCCGCGGCGGUCAGCCUGCCCGCGGAGAGCCACGUGGAGUGGAAGUUCGUGCUGGCGGAAAAGGGCGAGGUGUGUCGCUGGGAGGAGUGCGGAAACCGCCUCCUCGAUACGGGCUGCGGAGACGACCUGACCGUGCACAAGUGGUGGGGAUUACUGUAGGAGAAAAAAUGUAUUGGUAAAUCCCAUCACCAGAUGCAAAUGAUGUCUUCAGGUCUAUGUUCAAGCUGGACGAAAUUUGAUUGUUGGGGGGGUCUUUUGUAUUACAACAGAAAAUUGACCAACAACAAUUUUGCGAAUAUUACAAAAAUGUAUAGUUUUCAGCCCCUGAAAUGUGAACAUUUUCGCAUUUCUCUAUUUUAUAUUACUGAGGGUUGGUUGCAUGAAACAAGCGAUCCAAAGAUGUCGGCUCCUUGGGACAAAUCCACGAAAUAAUCCGUUACGAAAUCAACGUUUGCUGUUUGAGCAUGCACAUGGCUAGUUUCACACUGAUAAAACUUUAUCUUCAGCCACAUUUAGCCCAGUUUAAACCAAGAUGCCAGAUGUUUUUUGACAAAUUGCAAAUUUCCAUAACUACGGAUAUAAAUCAUUAAUCGAAUGCCCUCCAACAGCCAGUGAUCUUUGAGAGAACUUUAAAUAUUGCAUAUUAUGUGACAGACGCAUUACAUACAAGGCAUCCUCUUUUUCCUCUGGCAAAAUUUUUGAUUACGCCAGCUGUCAAUUUUUUUUAUGAAUGGAAACUAUAUUUAAAAAAAGUUAUACUGUCCAUAUGCUGCUUGAAUAGCCCCCAACAAUCUAUUAUAAUAAAAUUGCACAUAUUUCA